UGUUACAUUUGUCUUUAUUCCACCGGCCCAAACAUUUACUUGACCUGAACCCAAAAAUAGACAUUUCUUUUGCUUCGUUUCAUCCAUCGCUCGCCAUCAGCUCACCAGGCGGAAUCAACUGUCGUCUCUUCCGCUCACUCACCCUCUGGACAUCCACACAUCGACGGGGGCGACAGCUUGGCACCGUUGCACCUCGUCUGCAGUGACCACGUAGCAGAGGCAUCAAACGAGUAGCGGUAGCUUCGUUCCUGUGCUACUGAAGUAGAACAGAUGCGUCUGACAUGGUUCAUUAAGUUGGAACCUGUGUAGAAACGUCCAUCAGGAUAAAGAACUGAAAAAUAAUACACACAUACCUCAGUUUUUGGGUCAUCCUGUGAAUAUACGAUAAUUGUAUUUAAGCAAUGUCUACAAUUACUGUAUCACUCUAAUAUGAAUGAUACCAAAAGGUAAAGACGGGUGAUAUGAGGCCAACAGAACAGAACAUUUAAUGUGGCUUCAGUUCAACCUCUGCAGAGUCUUCUGAAAAUAACUAUAACAAGAUGCUUUAAACACCUCAGGUCAUCACACAUCUCAGGUUAUUUUCAUCCCUCCCUCCUUCUCUUCUUUUCUCUUUACCUCCGUCCACUGUCACUUAUUUCCCCGUAGGAGACGCGUCAUCAGACCCUCAGAGAGGAAAGUGUCCGUGGAUGGAGGACAGUCACUUCCUCCUCGUGCUCACACUCUCAUGUCACAUGGAAGAACAGAGGGACACACGCACACUGAAAACUCUCCUCAUUAACUAAUGAGCUGGACACACACACACACGCACACACACACACACACACACUGAUUAUCUCAUCCUGUAACGGUGUCAUCAUUCCACUGAGCCCUCUUCACACAGCUCUACUCUCUCUGUCUCCAUUCAUGAAGUGAAGCCAUUCUUGUGGCUGACUGCUCGCUCUGUCCAUCAUGGAGGCGGUGGCUCUUUUCUCUUUCACAGCAUCAGAAGCAGAUGAGAUCAGUUUCCAGAAAGGGGACAUCAUCAAGGUGACAGAAAUGGAGGAUGAUUCUUGUUGGUUCACAGCCGAGAUUCUGGGGAAACGUGGCUUCAUCCCUGAAAACUACAUUUCCCUCCUUCCUCAUCGAUGGUUUGCAGGUCGGGUGUCGAGACUUGAGGCUGAGCAGCGGCUGCGCUGGCAGGACGCUGGAGUGUUCCUGGUGAGGGAGAGUGAAUCAGCUCCUGGGGAGUUUUCUGUCUCUGUCAGCUACGGCGACAGGGUGGAACAUUUCCGAGUCCUGGAGGCGGGCGGGCAGUACUGCAUCUGGGAUGAGUCGUUCUGCUCCCUCAACCGUUUGGUGGAUUUCUACAGAACUCACAGCAUCGCCGUGGAGAAACUCAUCUGUCUCAGAGACCCUCCCUCGUCCCCUCGCCUGCUGUCCCACCCUGGACACAACCCCUACCCUAACCCUUAUAAAAGCAGCUCUCAGGAAUCCCUCCCCUCGCCCCAUCUCUACUCACACCCAGAGAGAAAAACAGCUCCGGUGAAACCUCGUGUGGCUCACGCCCUCUGUGACUACACCCCUCAUCAAACCACUCACCUCCACUUCCUGCGUGGCGACGUCAUUGACCUGCUGGACUGCUCCGGCUCGCUGACCUGGAAGGGACACUGUCGAGGCCGAGUCGGCGUCUUUCCACCACAAUACGUCCAGUUGCUGUACCACUGACCCCAAAUCAAACUGAACGCCCUCAGUGCAGUGGCUACGAUCACUGAACAUAUCUCACUUAUCAGACAAUGAAUUUGAACUGCAGCUGAAACAAUUAGUCAGAUAAUCAAUUCAGAUUUCAUCAACUGUGAAUUAGCUUUCAUAAGCAGCACGCAGACAUGUGGUAAAUGGUUUAUAACACGCUAUGAUAUAGUUGUGAUUGUUUAUUUGUGUAUUUGCCAGCAACUAUGACUCGCUCUAUUGACACCCAGGAGGCUGCUUUAUAAAUAGAUUACUGGCUGCACACCACUACAUUAUAGGGUGGUAUAAAUCAUGUGUUACAUGCUUCUUUAGAAAUUAAGAUAAACUUAAUUUCUAACUAUCUCACUAACUAACUAUCUCAGAUUUGAACGCUAUCAUCUUGCACACUUGCAGCCAGGUCGAGUGUGUCUGGUCCCGUCACCAAACACCAAUCAGAGUCAGUCUCAACUCUUAAUGAGUUUCACCGCAUAUUUAAAGCAACAACUAAUAACAACCAAACGUACUGUAAAGGUGAACACUUGAACAAACAUCAGUGUGAUAAGAAGUACCUAAAAUGACUAAAGUAAUCUUUGAGAAAAAUGUUUUUGAUGUGUAGUUUGACUUUUUAGUUUGUCCCAUUCAUUAACAU